AUGUCACCAACUAACUUAACUAAAUGGCUUAACGUUACGAAGAAACAACUUCGCCAAGUCGGUAAAUUGAUUGAUUCCAGAUUGACUGGAUUAAUCAACAGACAUCUUAAAGUACCACCAGCAUCUACUAUUAAUAGAAGAUCAGAACAUAUACCAGCUCGAAUCCCAAUCCCUGUUCCUAUCAAAGUAAGAAAUGGUAACUUUUUACUCUUCAAUAUUCGCUCUCUUCCGCUUCUCAAUAGUCAGAUAAUAAGGAAGCCCACACCCUUCAUUUCACCCAUAAAGGCAUAUUGUUUAGAUAGAUAUAAUAGGUUUAUCAAUACAGAUAAGGUGAAAACCCCUACCGUUAUAUCAUCAUAUCCUAACUACUACAAUUCAUUAGAUUAUAGUAUUCUGAGAAACAAGAUUCUAAACGGACGACCAUUCUUUUCUAUCGCAUCAAUUACUUCCACCAGAGAUGCAGUGAAAUGGUUAAUUUCAUCAUCAUUUAAUGUUUCUCCAAUGAAAAAACUAGUAAAUGAUUAUAAAAUGCACCAAUUAAUGAAACAACAAGCUAUAUCGCCAGAUGUAGGUUGUUACAUUGAAUUCAAAUUACCAAAUACAUAUACAUACCCCUACACCUCAUCAUCAUCAUCAACUACUUUCUUAGAUCAUGACAUGGUGUCACAAUGGGAAAAACAUUUAAAUGAUCAGAUUCAAAUUGCUAGAGAUAUACAAUCAUCCAUAUCAAAUAUCUUUGAAACGUAUGGAUCAUUACCAAUCACUUCAUCCAACAAAGAUGGAGUCAUAAGGAUCCAUUUCCCUAACGCCACAGUGAAUGAGACAGAAAAUUUGAUCUCGACUCUAGAUAUCGCCAACGGGAUAAUCUACAAAGACGACGAAAACGCCACUGUCUCGAUUCUAGAUGAUACAAUGUCUAACUGGACGUCAUUUGCAGAUUUACAUACAUUUUCACCAAUAUUGUCUGAUAUCGAUUUAUCUGCGUCUGCAUGUUGA